UUCUCUUUAUCGGACUAGUUUCAGCAUUGAGAUUUUGAGAGUGCUAGCUUCACUGACAGCAGCACAAGUUAGUACUGAACGCAGUUGGCAGGUGUGCUGGGUCAUGGCUUUUAAAACACCGCCGGAGGUGUUAUUACGCUCGGUUCUGAGAAACCCAAGAACCAGUUUGUGUUCCAUCCAUGUUGGUCAGACUCAGCCAAGAUUUCAGAGAGCUGCCGUCUGUUUUCAGCUUGGUAAACCACUGGAGAUCAAACAGAUAUCUGUAUCCGACAAACCAGGUCGCGGGCAGGUUCUUAUCAACGUGCAUGCUGUCGGUGUCAACUUCAGUGAUAUCCUGGCAUGUCAGGGAAAGUACCAAGUAAAAGCAGAAUUACCAUUUGUUCCAGGGUACGAGGUGGCAGGCGAGGUGGCGGGUGUGGGCGAGGAUGUUCACAUGUUCAAGAGAGGGGACAGUGUGCUGGCUGUUUCCACAGAUGGCAUCGGCGCAUUUUCUGAUUCAUUUAUAACCGAUCAAAAGCUGGUUCAUCCUGUUCCUGAAGGUGUGUCUAAAACGAAGGCUGCUGCUACACUGGUCUCCUAUGCCACAGCACUGGUGGGACUCACACGAAAGGCAGCAGUCAAACCAGGCGAGACUGUUGUUGUGACAGCAGCAGCUGGAUCUACAGGCUUAGCAACAGUUGAUCUCGCAGCACACAGUCUUGGUGCCAAGGUGAUUGGUGUGUGUGGAGGUAGUGAGAAAACAGCACUGGUGCUAGAGAGAGGUGCACAUUUCGCUGUCGAUUAUAAAUGUGAAAAUGUUCGUGACAGACUGAAAGACUUGACAAAAGGCAAAGGAGUGAAUGUUGUCAUUGAUCAUGUGGGCGGGGACCUGUUCAUGCAGUGUUUAAAAAGCCUCGCACCAGAAGGUCGACUAGUAACAGUUGGAUAUGCUUCCGGCAAGAUCCCCGACAUUCCUGCAAAUCUUCUCCUGCUCAAACAGUGCUCUGUGAUUGGUUUAUUUUGGGGACAGACUGCAGUCACUAACCCUCCAGUUUUCUUCCAGUCUAUGGCACAAGUUCUUGCAGCACUGAAGGAUAAAAAAAUAGACCCAUACUGUGGAAAAACAUUUCCACUAGAACAGAUUAAUGAAGCUUUUGAUUAUGUACUACAAGGGAAAUCAAUGGGAAAAGUGAUCAUUGAACUGAAGUAAUUGCAAUGAACAAUAGCCGAGCAGCAGUUGUGUCAAGUGACCUUCACAACAGAAGUGAAUAACAAGACGUAACUGAAGCAAGUUAUUUUGUAUACCGAUGUUGGGACUGUGUGGAAGUGGAAGACUAGAUGCAUUUUAAGUGAAAUGAAAGCUCGGACUGGAACAAAGCUAGUCUAUGUUCAUAAAAGCCAAAAAGAAUAUUUUCAAUAAUAAUGAAAAAAUAAGUAAUGUAAAAUAUUUAUUCUUGAACAGGUUUAAUAAACAAUAAAUUUGCAAGAA